UUGUUGUUGUAAGCGGCAAGAAGAAUACGGCAAACAUCUCGCCGCCCGCAUUCCUCGCCGCCCGCGCGCGUGCUCCCUGAUUCGCACCCACUCCCUUCAAGAGCUUCAGCGCCGUGUAUGUGUGUCCGUGCACGAGAUUUCUUGUUCGGUUUUGCUUGUAUCUGUUAAUACUGCUGCUGCCCGUUGCAUUGCCGCCGCAUCUUUUCUCUUCUUCUUCUUAUUAUAAAAAAAUCGCAAUGCUCUCUUACUCUGCCAACUGCAGCUGCAACUGUUAACUGCAAAAGUAAAACGAAACGCGAGGCAAACACAGUUUUUGUCGUUCAGUGCAGUGCAAUUACAAGAACAACAAACGGGAAAAUAAGAAGCAGAAGAGGAAUAACAAUAACAACAAAAGCCGGAGCAACUGAAGCGCAAACACACACAUACUCACACACACUCGUUGACGGGCAGCAGCAGAGCAGAGUAGGGAUUGCGAAAGCGAGAUAGAAAUAAAGUAGGCAUAAUUUAUAGCACACGCAAAACGGGCUAAUUAUAAUAGAAAACUAAAAAGAAUCGAUGAAAACGGAACGGGGGCUGAAGGAAAAGCCAAGAAAGUAUUAACCACGGCUACUACGGUGACGGCUGCAAACAAACAAACCAACCAACAAACGGACGCCCACCACAGCUGUGAAUCAGGUCGCCCCUGCUGCCCCGCUAGCUACUCCCGGCUCCUCCUCCAGUUUCCGAUUCGGAUUCGAACUGAGUCUCACACACAUUAUGAGCCCGCCCAUCGUCACGCGACGCGGCGCCCAGCAGGCAAAGAUCCAGACUCGCGCCAUGGUCAAAUCCAAGUCGACCGCUGGCGGUACGACGGCAGCAACGGCAGCUGGAAUGUUUGGCGGUAGCGGGAACAGCAGCAGCAGCGGAAACAGCAGCAGCAGUGGGAACAGCAGCACCAAUGUCGGCGAUCAGCGAAAGGCUGGCAAACCGAGCACAGCGCUCUUGGAGGCGAAACGUCGUGCACGGAAUAUGCUCAAGAAUCAGGGAAACGCUACGGCCAUGCAGGAGACGGUGACCGAUAUAUUCCAGAAUGCCAUGAAUGCCAAGGGCUUGGUGCAAAGACCCACGGCCCUGAUCUAUGAUGAGACCAUGAGCCAGCACUGCUGUCUGUGGGACAAGGAGCACUACGAGUGUCCCGAGCGCUUUACACGCGUCCUGGAGCGCUGCCGUGAGCUGAACCUGGUGGAAAGGUGCAACCAACUGCCUUCUAGGGCCGCCACCAAGGAGGAGAUCCUGCGCCUGCACACCGAGGAGCACUUUGAGCGGCUUAAGCAGACCGCUGGCAUCCGCGACGACGAGCGCAUGGAGGAGCUGAGCUCCCGCUACGAUUCAAUCUACAUUCAUCCGUCCACCUUUGAACUGUCCCUGCUGGCCACCGGCUCCACCAUUGAACUGGUGGAUCAACUGAUUGCUGGCAAGGCGCAGAAUGGCAUGGCCAUCAUCCGGCCGCCGGGUCAUCAUGCCAUGAAGGCCGAGUUCAAUGGCUAUUGCUUCUUCAACAAUGUGGCCCUGGCUGCCCAGCACGCCCUGGAUGUGCACAAGCUGCAGCGCAUCCUGAUCAUUGACUACGAUGUCCAUCACGGGCAGGGAACGCAGCGGUUCUUCUACAACGAUCCCAGGGUGGUCUACUUCUCCAUACAUCGCUUCGAGUACGGCUCGUUUUGGCCGCACCUCAAGGAGUCGGACUACCACGCCAUCGGGUCUGGUCCCGGGACUGGCUACAACUUUAAUGUGCCCCUGAAUUCCAUCGGGAUGACGAAUGGCGAUUACCUGGCCAUUUUCCAGCAGCUGCUGCUGCCCGUGGCCCUGGAGUAUCAGCCCGAACUGAUCAUCGUCUCCGCUGGCUAUGACGCCGCCCUGGGCUGUCCCGAGGGCGAAAUGGAGGUGACGCCCGCCUGCUAUCCUCACCUGCUCAACCCGCUACUCCGGCUGGCCGAUUCCCGUGUGGCUGUGGUCCUUGAGGGUGGCUAUUGCCUGGACUCCCUGGCCGAGGGUGCCGCCUUGACGCUUCGCUCUCUGCUCGGUGAUCCCUGCCCGCCGCUGGUGGAGCCGCUGGCCCUGCCGCGUCCCGAGCUAGCCAAGGCCUUGCUCAGCUGCAUCUGCCUGCACAGGCCGCACUGGCGUUGCCUGCAGCUCCAGAGAACGUACGAGGUGACCGAAAUGGCCGACCUGUAUCGGGAUUGCGAAGGCGAUAGUGGCAGCGGCAGCGAUCUGCAUCAGAUUAUGCGCAUUUGGAUAGGCGGACCGCCGCCCGUGGAUCGUUAUCCCACGCGCGACACAGCCAUCCCCUUGCCGGCGGAGAAGAAGGUCAGGAAUCUGGCCCGCCUGCAGGUGCUGCGCACAGAGACGAAGCUAUCGAUACCCCCGAUCCGGGUGUGCUAUGCCUACGAUCCCCAGAUGUUGGAGCACUCGAAUCUCCAUGAUCCCGGGCAUCCGGAGCAGCCCUCGCGCAUCCGGCACAUCCAUAAGAUGCACGAGGAGUACGCCCUGCUGGCCAGGAUGAAGCAGCUGCCGGCGGGCAGGACAGCCACCACGGACGAGGUCUGCCUCGCCCACACACGUUCCCAUGUGAAUUCCGUGCGUCGCCUGCUCGGCCGCGAUCCGGAAGAACUGCAGCAGCUGGGAGCGAGCUACAAUUCGGUGUAUCUGCAUCCGCGCACCUUCGAUUGCGCCACUUUGGCCGCCGGAUCUGUGCUGCAGGCGGUAGAGAGUGUCUUGCGCGGUGAAUCUCGCAGCGGUAUCUGCAAUGUCCGUCCGCCAGGACACCAUGCCGAGCCGGAUCAGCCGCAUGGAUUCUGCAUCUUCAACAACGUGGCCAUUGCCGCACAGUAUGCCAUCCGGGACUUUGGCUUGGAGCGGGUGCUCAUCGUGGACUGGGAUGUCCAUCAUGGGAACGGCACCCAGCACAUCUUCGAGUCGAAUCCCAAGGUGCUGUACAUCAGUGUCCAUCGCUACGAGCAUGGAACCUUCUUCCCCAAGGGACCCGAUGGCAACUACGAUGUGGUGGGCAAGGGAGCGGGCAGGGGCUUCAAUGUGAAUAUACCCUGGAACAAGAAGGGCAUGGGCGACCUGGAGUAUGCCCUGGCCUUCCAGCAGCUCAUCAUGCCCAUUGCCUAUGAGUUUAAUCCCCAAUUGGUGCUCGUUUCGGCCGGUUUCGAUGCCGCCAUCGGCGAUCCCCUUGGCGGCUGCAAGGUCACACCCGAGGGCUAUGGCCUGCUCACCCACUGGCUAUCGGCCCUGGCCGGCGGCAGGAUCAUCAUAUGCCUGGAGGGUGGCUACAAUGUGAAUUCCAUUUCGUAUGCAAUGACCAUGUGCACGAAGACGCUGCUGGGCGAUCCGGUACCCACGCCCCAGCUGGGUGCCCAGGCCCUGCAGAAGCCGGCAACUGUGGCCUUCCAGAGCUGUGUGGAGACAUUGCGGGCGUGCCUUCAGCUGCAGGCCCGGCACUGGAAAUCGCUUGAGUUUGUGGGCUGCCAGCGGCUGCCGCUGGAGCCGCUCGUGGGCGAGAAUAACAACGAGGAUUUUCUUACCGCCUCCUUGCGGCAGUUGAAUAUUUCAAGUGACAGCGUUCGGCGGACGACGGGCGGAGCCGAAGGCGAUCGGACCGAUUGCGGCGAGGAGCGGCCCAGCGGGAGCAAGCCCAAAGUCAAGGUAAAGACUCUCACCGAGUACAUGGCAGAGCACAAGGAGGCCCUCGAGCAGAAUGAGAUGUUCGCCGUGUAUCCGCUCAAGACGUGUCCGCACUUGAGCCAGUUGCUGCCAGAGGAGGCGCCGCUAACAAUAAACACAAAUGCGGCGUGCAGUGGGUGCAAUUCGCUGGCCGAGAACUGGGUGUGUCUGAGCUGUCGGACGGUGGCCUGCGGGCGUUACGUGAACGAGCACAUGCAGAUGCACUCCCUGGGCUCCGAUCAUCCGCUGGCCCUCAGUCUGAGCGACCUCUCCGUGUGGUGCUAUGCGUGCUCCGCCUACCUCGAUCAUCCCCGCCUGUACGCGUUCCUCAAUGCGGCGCAUGUGGACAAGUUCCAGGAGCCCAUGGCCUGGACAUAUGCCUGCCAGCGGCGCGCGGAUGGUUGCUACGGACUGGGGCCGGACGGACAGGACCAGGAUGACGACUGUAUUCCGGGCGGCGCCGGGAGUAUCUGCAUCCAGCUGGAGCGAAAUAACAAUGACAGCAACUGACCCAUGGCCCUCGUCCGCGUGCUGGACGCCCUCACCAACUACAUGUGCGCGCUCUGUCCGCCACUCAGACACCUGCUCCAGUUUCUGGCCGAGCACCUGUGGCCGCUGCUAGAACGCAUUUAUCUAAACCUUCUACACUACUUCCUGGCCCCCUGAGAGGGGGAUGGCUAGACAGAUGGCUAUCCCGCCGCUCCCACCCCUAGCACUGAGCUGAGCGAAAUGAAAAGGUGAAGUUAUUGUUGAUUUGGGAGCUGACAUCCUGACCCCGGCUCCCUCUACUGUACGCAUAAAUUCAAAUUGUUAAUAAUGUUAUCAGCUGAUUAUCAUCCAAUAAAAAUGUGGAUAAUUUA